AUGCCGGAAGCACUUCCAGAUAACAACGUCAAAUGGACCGCGGAGGUGAAGAGAAAACGUCUUACCAAUAAGUCGCUGUUUGUCCUCGAAUCAUUGAAAUCAGCCUCGAAAAUCACGCGGCCUCAGUUUUUAAUGCUACGUUUCCUUUAUAAGAAAGUAUCUGCGGGCAAGACUCUCUAUAGUCUUUUUGAGUCUGGCGAUAUCGUUCCACCAGCAGUUUGGACCGAGGUCACCAGUCAUCUCAAUGGAUCCAAAAACUUCAAGGAGUACUUGGAGAGCGUAUCGAGCAACGGCAAAUCAACUGGGCCGUUCUCGGCAGCGCGCUCAUAUCAGAAGCGUUGCUGUGUACUGAAGAGCCGCGACAGCUACAUCGUCCUGGGAAAAAUUAAUGUUGGCGGGCGGAUGACCUGCAGCCGAGCCUUGCUAGAGGAGCGGAAAAAGCAGAGCUUGCCCAGCUUGAAGCCCCUCAAAGACGAAGAAGCAGCUGAUGAUGCAUUGGCCGCCGUAAUAGGCAGCUGCUCCCUACUCCAGACCCCAAAACAGGCAACUUCUGCGGCGAGCGCUAGCGGAAGCGCCAACGACGAUGAGGAUGACCUCGUUGUGAUUACUCCCUAUGCAAACGUGGACACUCCAAUUCCGAGCAAGCUUAUAGACCCCUAA